UUACUUUUCUAAAUCAUUUCGUGAAUUAUUUCGAAUGAAGACCAAAAGUACUUAGAUUAAAAUUGCAUACUAAUAUGAAACGUCUAGUUAUACAGUACAGUUUGAAGAUGGCACUGCUACUAGAGAUACAACUUUUAUCUUGCUGUAGUUUUGAUUAUUUUAGUAGAUAAGAGUAGGUUACGCUGAACGACAGAGGGGUCUGUGGAACGUACAUAGAAAAAACGUCUUUUCAAGGGCAGUUGUAGUUCGAGAACUCGCUUCUGAGUAACCUAUAAUAGACAGUAUAAUUCCUGUACCACUUCACACUUGAACGAGAAAUCCAUAAGAUCAGGCCUAGGUAUUUUAGGUUCUGGCCCACAGAGGGCGUAUUGGACCAACGAAUUGUUUUCCUCUAACACGAGAUGUGUAGACUACAGUGAGGAAUUCUGAACACUCGGCACAAUAAAGCAGGUGAACUUUGAACCAACUUGGCGUAAGGACACUUACCUAAAGGGUCAUUUCAGUUAACAGCUCAUCAUACGGAACAUUAUUUAAAGGUAACCCUAAUUCCAGAGAUUUCGCUAACCAUGUCGAAUCCAGAGGGCUUUCAUAUCAACACACCACUUCUUGAGAGUAUGACCAUGUCUAAACGGGCGGGGACCACUGUGCUUUUGAAAAUGGAAAGUUCACAACCCUCCGGCUCCUUUAAAAUCCGCGGUAUCGGACACCUGUGCCAAAAGGUCACCCAGUCGGGAUCUAAAGGAGUUGUUUGUGCUUCAGGUGGAAAUGCUGGCAUGGCUACAGCCUAUGCAGCACGUAAACUUGGCAUCCCAGCAACCAUUGUUAUACCGACAUCAUCACCAGAGAUUGUGGUUCAGAAAUUGAAGGAUCAGGGGGCAGUAGUGAAAAUAGUGGGCAAGGUUUGGGAUGAUGCGAAUGCUGAGGCUUUGCGUCUAGUUGAAUCUGAGAGUCUGACAUUCGUGCCUCCGUUUGACCACCCCCUGCUCUGGCAAGGUCAUGCAAGUAUAGUGCAGGAGUUAAAGGCCUCCCUACCAGAGAAGCCUGGGGCUAUAGUUUUGUCUGUAGGAGGAGGAGGCCUGUUGUGCGGGGUGGUGGAGGGCCUGAAAGAGGUGGGGUGGGAGAAUGUGCCGGUGCUCUGUAUGGAGACUGUAGGAGCAGACUGCUUCAAUGCUGCUAUCAAGGCUGGGAAGCUGGUCACUCUGCCUGACAUCACAAGCGAAGCUAAAUGUUUGGGCGCUAAGACAGUGUGCAGGCAGGCGUUCGACUACAGCGAGGAGGCCAGGCUGAUCUCUGAGGUGGUGACGGACCUGGAAGCACUGGAGGCAGUGGAACUGUUCUUGGAUGAGGAGCGUGUGUUAGUGGAGAUGGCGUGUGGAGCUGCCCUGGCUGCAGUGUACAGCGGUCUGAUACAGAGGCUCCAGGGGGAGGGCAGGCUGCCCCGUCCGCUCGGCCCGCUGGUGGUGAUCGUCUGCGGGGGCAGCAGCGUUGACAUGGCCCAGCUCACGCACCUGAAGACUGUGCUGCGCCGCUGAGGGGCUCACGCCAGACAUGCCGGACCCCCAUCUGAGCCGAAACACAUUUAUCUUGGUCUCAUCUGACUAGAGAAUGUGCUUCCAAUGUUCAUCAGGCUUCUUGUCAUGUUCUUUAGCGAAGUUUAACCUAGGGGUUUUGUGUAGAAGAGCAGCGUGGCUCAGAUGGGGUCCAGCAGGGCGUAACUCUGGCCAGGAGCACCACAGGGAAGUCCCAACAGGGAAGCGCGGAGGUGGGAGUGUGAUGAUGUGGGGCUGCAUGAGUGUUGGGGAGAUAACUUUUAAUGAUGGCACCAUGAAUGUCUGUGGAUAUGCCAAAAUACUGGCUGACAAGAUGUUUCCCAGUCUCCAGAAGCUUGGCAUAAGAGGAAUAUUCCAACAUGAGAACGAAUCAAAGUACACUGUCAAAAUCACGCAAAAGUUUCUAAAGAAGAAAAAAGUAAAAACUAAGUAUGUCGCCUAACUUCAAUUCCAAUAGAACACCUUUGGGGUGUUUUAAAGAGAAAGGUAGAGCAAUACAGCAAAUAUCUGACGAAUGGCAGAAUAUCUCUCCAGAAAUGUGUGUAUCACUGGUAUCCUUAAUGCCAAGGAUGAUUGAAAAUAAUACAAAGUAUCGAAAAAAUAAAUGAUUUGAACCUCAGUAAUGAAAGGUGUAUUGACUUUGUUGCAUUGAGUUCCUACUGUUGAUACCCUACUGUUCAACUUAGAAGUAAUGCAAUUACUGUAAGGUAAUACAAUUUUGAAUCAUUUGCCAUUUUAGACUGAGACUUUAUGAACAUAAUCUUAGUUUUUGGUAUUUGGUAUUAUUUUUAUUUUUGAUGGUAAUAAUUGAUGGUUAUACUUUAAAACGAUACUCUGAAAUUUUAUGAAUUUAAUUUCAUUAUACUUUUAACCUAAUUUUCUCAUUGUUGUUUUUACCUCUCUAAUGUUUUGUAAGUCAUUUAGGACAAAAGUUUCCACUAGGUACCUUAACCAUAACAUUGAAGUGAUAUUGCACAGGGGUGUACUGACUUUAGUUAGUAGACAUAGCCAAUAUCCCGGUAAACCCCACACAGUCCUUUUGGAGUUGAGCUCAGGUGGCACCACCGUCAUACUUUAAAGUUCUUGUGACCUCUACUAUCUGCAAACAUUUCUCAAACAGCAUUAAAACGGUGAGAGACAGAACUCAAACCGACUUGUCCUUAAAUGAGCACUCGCCUUUUAAUCUGUUCAGCAGACAGGUUGUGUAAUACAAAAUUGUAAUUGACCAAAGUGGAUAGCUGAAAAUGAAAUAGAAAAUAGAAAAUGGACCGAUUAAAGGAUUUUAAAGUAGUCUUUGUUCAGAGUCUGUUCUGAGGGAGGUUCACCCUCACGCACAGUAAAAAAGCAUGCCAUCAGAUCAUGACAUGACUCAACACUGACAAAAAGAUGCCUUGAAUUUACUCAGGUGGAAUGUGUACAUCAGUUGCACAUGAAUAAAAUGUGAUCAACCAA